GCUCAACUGUGCCGGCGCCGCCGCCUUCUUGGCGCACGAGAGAAAGUCGCGCCCCAUGGCUCGCUCCUCACCCGCUGCUCUCCCUCUCUCCUCUCCACCGUCACCCUCAGCCAUGUCCGUCGCCGCGCUCCGCUACGAGGCACGCGCCGAGGCCUACGCGCCCGCCAGCGCCGCGCGUGCGCUGCUCGCGACAAUGGUGCGCAAGCGCAGCAACCUCUGCGUCAGCGUCGACGUGACGCGCGCCGCCGACCUGCUCGCCGUCGUCGCCGCCGUCGCGCCGCACGUGUGUCUCGUCAAGACGCACAUCGACAUCGUCUCGGACUUCAGCGACGAUCUCGUGGUGCAGCUGCAGGCGCUGGCGCAGCAGCACGACUUUCUCAUCUUCGAGGACCGCAAGUUUGCCGACAUUGGCAACACCGUGUCGCUGCAGUACGCCGCCGGCGUGCACAAGAUCGCCUCGUGGUCGCACAUCACCAACGCGCACCUCGUGCCCGGGCCGGGCAUCAUCGACGGGCUGGCGGCCGUGGGCGAGCCGCUGGGGCGCAGCCUGCUGCUGCUCGCCGAGAUGUCGUCGGCGGGCACGCUGGCACGCGGCGAGUACUCGCGCGAGUGCGUGCGCGCCGCAUAUGCGCACCCCUUCGUCUGCGGCUUCAUCGCCAUGCACCGCGUCGACGACGACGAGGCACCGCCGGCGGGCCAGGCCAAGAAGGACUUUCUCAUCCUCACGCCCGGCGUCGGCCUCGACAGCACGGGCGACGGGCGCGGCCAGCAGUACCGCACGCCCGACGAGGUCGUGCGCGCCAGCGGCUGCGACGUCAUCAUCGUCGGGCGCGGCAUCUACGGCGCGCUGCUCAAGGAGGGCGUGGCGCGCGCCGACGCCAUCGCCGAGGUGACGCGGCAGGGCGAGCGCUACCGCGACGCCGGCUGGCAGGCGUACGAGGCACGAUUGGGUGCGUGAGCAAUGUAUCGCGCUUGCUCGG